AGCUAAAAUGGCGGCCUCCCUACAUUCACCGGUCUGGCAGUUCUACAAGGUGUCAGAAAAAGACAAUACAUUAGCGAUUUGCAACGUGUGUGCCAAGGAAAUUCCACGAGGCGGAAAACUCCAAAGACAUUUUAACACCACCAACCUCAUCAGACAUUUGAAGGUUAGUCACAGAAAGGAAUACGAGGAGUUUUCAAAGUUAGCUAGCGCUAAGACAGAGAGAGAGCGGAGUUGUGUAGCAGCUCCGGCGCCGCUCACUCAGCUGUCUGUAACGGAGACAUUGCAGCGACAGCAACCAUACAGUAAUGACAGCAAGAAAAAAAAGGAAAUAUCAGCCAAAAUAAUGGAAUUCAUAUGCCUUGAUCACCAGCCGCUGUCAAUUGUGGAAGACGAAGGGUUCCGACGACUCAUGUCUUACAUGGAUUCCCGCUACACUCUGCCCGGGCGUAAAUAUUUCACUGAUGUUUGCCUGCCGCAGUUAUACCAAACCGUGUUUGCACAUGUUGACACCCUAAUGAAGGACAACAUCACAUCAAUCAGCUUCACAAGUGACAUUUGGAGUUCAAAUGUAUGCCCCAUGUCCAUGUUGAGCCUAACUGCGCAGUUUAUUAAUCAGAACUUUGAGUUAAAAAGAGUUGUGCUUCAUUCUCAAGAAUUUUCGGGGUCACACACCGCGGAGGCUCUUGCUGCCGCAUUCAGCGACAUGUUUCGCGCAUGGGGAAUCCCGAAGGAGAAAGUGCACGUUAUUCUCACGGAUAAUGCCAAGAACAUGGUAAAGGCCAUGAGGGAUGCAGAUCUACCCAGCCUGACGUGCAUGGCUCAUACACUGCAGCUUGCCGUUGCCGACGGAGUUCUAUCACAACGCAGCAUAGCUGAUAUAAUAGCCUGUGGAAGACGCAUCGUUGGUCAUUUCAAACAUUCCCAGCUUGCCUAUUCUCGACUUCAAAAUAUUCAGAAGCAACUUGGCCAGCCUAUUAAGAGGCUACAACAGGAUGUACCUACCAGGUGGAACAGCACAGUUAAUAUGCUACAGAGUCUGAUGGAACAGAAGCGCGCCCUGUGUGCUUAUGGAGCUGACUAUGACUUGCCUUCCAUGUUCACUGGCAGCCAGUGGAAAUUGGUGGAAAAUAUGAUUUCUCUACUCGCCCCGUUUGAAGAGCUCACGCACCAGAUCAGCUCAUCAACUGCAUCAGUUGCAGAUGUUAUACCAUCCAUCAGAGCUUUAACCCGUCUUCUGGAGAAAACAGCUGAGACGGACCACGGUGUAAAAACCUCGAAAGCCACGUUGUUGGAAGCGGUCCAGAACAGAUUCAGUGACAUUCAAUCGAAGCGCCUGUAUACCAUCGCAACAGUGCUCGAUCCGAGGUAUAAAGACAGAUAUUUCUCCGACGCACUCAAGCCCCAGAUUCGCGGGCUGCUUUCUUUCAGUCAUCCCACGGAGCGGACAGCCGCUUGUUUUUUGGCGAGACAAUAA